AUAUCAAAAAGUCAAAGUUUCCUUAAAUUCCGUUUUUAUCGGGUAGAAAGAAAAGAUUUUUUAUUUUCAUAAUAUUCUUAUCAUUGUGCCAGCAAUUAUGGUACAAUUGGUGCCGAUCCGGCUAUUGCUGUUGUGGUGAUGGUGGUAGGACUAAUUUCCUUCUACAAAAUUCUCGUAGUAUCGGAAAUUUCAAGCAUCUUUGUGGUGGAAGAAAAUUAAAAUGAAAGGUUUGUACCGUUGUACGCAUUAUAAAAAAGAAAAAAGAAAGCUUGAUUUAUUUAUUACCUCUAUUUCAACGAUGAGGAAGGUUACAAUAGCACUGAUAAUUAUUAGUUUUAUGAAUUUAUUCAUUUUUGUUUUUAUUUAUAACGUAUAUAUGUGUUCGUAAGCUCGCAAGUAAUUUAGGCUUAGAAACAUAACAAUUUUUGAUUUUAAAUUUUUAUGAUAUUUUAAUU